AUGACAUCUUCGAAAUCCACACGAUUGAUUCUUGUCACCGGUGUUGCUGGAAAUAUUGGCAAAUAUUUUGCUGAGCAUGCAAACAAACAAAAAUAUAAACUCCGUUUAAUGGUACAUUCUAUUCAUGAACCGGAAAAAAGCGAACCGUUGAAAAACUUUGGUGAAGUUAUUCAAGGCGACUUAGAUAAGAUGGAGACAUUAGAUAAAGCAUGUAAAGAUGUUCAUACGAUUAUUCAUUUGGCAGGUGAUCCAGAUCCAAGUGGAACAUGGGAUUCGUUGAAGAAAGCAAAUAUUGAAGGUUUAUACAACAUUUUUCUAGCCGCAAAGAAUGCCGGAGUAAAACGAAUGAUUUAUGCUAGUUCGAUUCAUGCUAUAACCGGUUAUCCAAAAGAUGUACAAGCAAAGACAACUGAACCACCAAAUCCUGGAGAUCUUUACGGUGUAACGAAAUGUUUUGGCGAAGCACUCUGCUGUUACAUGGGCGAGAAAGAAGGUGUACCAUCAAUUGCGAUUCGUAUCGGAGCAUUUCAAGAGCAUGCAGCGGCGCAGAGUAAAGAUGCAAUCAAUAUGAUGGAUGCAUGGAUAUCUCAACGAGAUUGUGUUCAAUUACUGGAACGUUGUAUUGAUGCUCCCGAAGAUCUCAAGUUUGCAAUUGUUCAUGGUUUAUCAAGGAAUACAUUCAAUCGAAUGGAUAUCGAUUCAACCCGGCGACUUCUAGGAUACGAUCCACAAGAUAACUUUUUUGAAGAAUCAGAAGCAUUUAGAAAACUAAACAUGACUGAUGAAUUAGCUGGACAUAAUGUUAAGGAUGAUCGACAGAAAUCUGGUUUACGAGAUAAAUCACCAGAAGAUAAGAAGAAAUGA